GAGCGCCUGCGCCGAGCCGCGCCGGAGCCGCGAGCCGGAGCCCGGGACGCCCGCCUGGCCCCGCCGGCAUGGAGGCGGAGUGCCGCGUGCUCUCCAUCCAGAGCCACGUCGUCCGCGGCUACGUGGGCAACCGGGCGGCCACGUUCCCGCUGCAGGUGUUGGGUUUUGAGAUCGAUGCUGUGAACUCGGUCCAGUUUUCAAACCACACAGGCUAUGCUCAUUGGAAGGGCCAAGUGCUGAACUCGAGUGAGCUGCAGGAGUUGUACGAGGGGCUGAAGCUCAACAGCGUGAACCAGUACGACUACGUGCUCACAGGUUACACAAGGGACAAGUCCUUCCUGGCCAUGGUGGUGGACAUCGUGCAGGAACUGAAACGGCAGAACUCCAGGCUGGUGUACGUGUGUGACCCAGUCAUGGGUGACAAGUGGAGUGGUGAAGGCUCGAUGUACGUGCCCGAGGACCUGCUGCCAGUGUACAGGGACCAGGUGGUGCCCGUGGCGGACAUCAUCACCCCCAACCAGUUUGAGGCUGAGUUACUGAGUGGCAGGAAGAUCCACAGCCAGGAGGAUGCCUUGGCGGUAAUGGACCUGCUGCACUCCAUGGGCCCUGACACCGUGGUCAUCACCAGCUCCGACCUGCCCUCCCCGAAGGGGAGCGACUACCUGAUCGCGCUGGGCAGCCAGCGGAUACGACGGCCCGAUGGCUCCUUGGUGACCCAGCGCAUCAGCAUGGAGAUGCACAGGGUGGACGCUGUGUUCGUGGGCACCGGGGACCUCUUUGCCGCCAUGCUGCUUGCCUGGACGCACAAGCACCCCGACAACCUCAAGAUGGCCUGUGAGAAGACUGUGUCCGCCAUGCAGCACGUGUUACGCAGGACCAUUGCGUGUGCAAAAGCCCAGGCUGGGGAGGGGAGGAAACCCAGCCCCGCCCAGCUGGAGCUGAGGAUGGUCCAGAGCAAAAAGGACAUCGAGGACCCCGAGAUCGUGGUGCAGGCCACGGUGCUGUGAGGCCGUGCGCCCCGUCCCCUGCACCUGCGUCACGUCCACCGUAGCUAGGACCAAGCCCUUCUGUGUGUGUCCCUCGUUUCUGGUCUCGGUUGUGAAGCCGUGCUGCCCGAGCUUUUACCACGACGCCAUCAUGGUGACCUGGGACUGACCUGGACACCCAGGAGUGUCCCUGUGUGCCUGGGCAGGGACCAGGCUGUCCGCAUCUCUGAGCCGAACCUGGCUGGGCACUGACCUGGAGGCCGCAGGAAGGUUCUGCCUGCAUCUUUCUCGUCC